AUGAGUCAAAAAGAAUCUUUCGAACUUACUAUCAAAGCAGACAGCUCUAUGGGAGAUGUCAAAGAACUUAUGGAAAAUGUUUUAGAUUUAGGUGGGACUAUUAUUGAACAAACUCCAGAACAUAAUAGUUUAGAAAUUAGAUUACCAAGAGGUAAGAUCAAUGAUUUGGAUGUUUCUCAUGUUGAACAUUUGCAAUAUGUUGAUGACUCCAAGGGGGAAACAACAACUUGGUAA